CUCUACCCGAUAAGAGGAGGUACCUUUUUUUCCCCUUUAAGACUCCGUUUGUACAAUUUAUCAUACAUUGCCAUAUCAAUAGAGUGCUGACCUUUUUCUGAUUUUUUUGUUCUUUUUUGACAAGGAUUUCAUACCCGGGCCGGAUUAAGUAUUUAGUCAUGAAGUACAUAGUAGUGACCGGAGGAGUGAUCAGCGGCGUUGGAAAAGGCACCAUCGCCUCUAGCAUCGGCCUUUUGCUCAAGACGACUGGGUUGAAAGUUACGAUGAUCAAGAUUGAUCCCUACAUGAACGUUGACGCGGGUACUAUGGCUCCCGCCGAGCACGGCGAGUGUUUCGUGCUUGCUGACGGCGGCGAAGUCGACCUAGAUUUGGGCAACUAUGAACGCUACUUGAAUGUUACCCUCACCAGCGAACAUAGUAUCACCACGGGCAAAAUCUACGACCACGUGAUCAAGCGCGAGCGAAAGGGUGACUACUUGGGCAAAACAGUCCAGGUCAUUCCCCAUCUUACGGAUGCGAUACAGGAAUGGAUACAGCGUGUAGCCUCCGUCCCUGUCGAUGAGACGUUCGAAGCGCCCGACGUUUGCGUUAUUGAGCUAGGGGGCACCGUUGGCGACAUCGAGAAUGGGCCAUUCGUUGAAGCCCUGGGCCAGUUGAAACGAAGAGCUGGGAAGUGUGACUACUUGCACAUUCAUGUCUCGCUCAUUCCCAUAGUCCAAGGCGAACAGAAGACGAAGCCGACUCAGCAAGCAAUUCGCACUGUGCGCAGCGCUGGCCUAAAUCCCGACUUAAUUGCGUGCCGAUGCACAGACAAGUUGGACACUUUGACCAUAGGUAAAGUUGCAAACUAUUGCCAGGUCAACCCCGACCAGGUCAUCGCUGUUGCCGAUGUUGCAUCCACCUACCUUGUCCCUGUUGUCCUGAAAUCACAAGGGCUGAUCCCCAGCAUGUCUAGUAUCUUGGACCUCCAGUCUCUCGAUACACCACUAGAGCGCAUAGAACGAGGUGCCCGCAGAUGGGCAUCAUGGAAGACUUUGACAGCGCCGCCAAAUCACCCCAAAGCCGUGACCAUUGCAUUGGUUGGAAAAUACACGCGCUCCCUCGACGCCUACAUGUCUCUAGUCAAAGCUUUGCAGCACGCCACUAUGGCCUACAAGCGUAAGCUUGACCUCGUCCUCGUCGACGCCUCGCAUUUGGAAUCUCCACUCGCCAGCACGUCACCGUCCAAGACCGCCGAGUACGAAUCUGCGUGGCGCAAAGUCUGCGAGGCUCAGGGCAUCCUUGUGCCAGGCGGCUUCGGCGCCAGAGGAUCCGAGGGCAUGAUCGAGGCCGCUAAAUAUGCUCGCGAGAAUAAAAUACCAUUCUUGGGGAUUUGCCUGGGCAUGCAGAUAGCCGUCAUCGACUUCGCGCGCAACGUAUGUGGCCUCUCAGGAGCUAACUCAGUCGAGCUGGACCCGGAGACUCUAAGUCCUGUCAUAAUAAAUAUGCCUGAGCUCGACUAUUCGAAACUUGGUGGCACGAUGCGGUUAGGUGAGCGAUUGACGCAUUUUCAGCCCAGCAGUGGCGCGUGGAGCAAGGCCCGUGCAGUAUAUACCAGCUGUAAUCCCCAACAAACAUGCGACCAUAACAGUGAUGAACUGGUGAUCCGAGAGCGCCAUCGUCACCGCUACGAAGUGAAUCCGUCCUACAUCGAGACACUCGCCAGACAUGGGCUAGAAUUUGUCGGAAAGGAUGAGACUGGCGAGCGCAUGGAGAUCCUGGAGCUACGUGAUCAUCCCUGGUUCGUGGGCGUCCAGUUCCACCCGGAGUACCAGAGUAAGGUUCUUGAUCCCAGCAAGUCAAUCAUGGGCUUCGUAGCUGCGAGUGCUGGGUGCCUACAAUAGGUAAAGAUGCGAGUAGAGAAGCGGGUUUGAAAGCGAUUCAUGAUUUACGGAACUACGUAUUAGAGCUCAAUAAUAGUUUUUUGCCGGCUAGACCUAGAUAGUGAGAAGUUGACGUAAAGGCUAAUAAAUACCGAUGUUUCAUCCUUCA